AUGGGGGUCUUACAUGGAGUCGCUAGAACGAAAUCGGGUGUACCAUGGAGCGUUUUCUCAAAUGCUACUACUGGAUUUCCGAGCGUCUUGUGUGUGGUGAGUCUUUUCAUUUGGUUGAUCCUGUCAGCAUGGAGGAUUUGGAUGAAACGUCGUAAUAAGAAACUGGAUGAGCGGAUAGUUACAUUGCGCCAGUUGUGCGGAUGUCUUUUUCUCAUGGGAUGCAUUGUUGUCUAUGUCGCCAUAUGUGAAAGAGGUAUAGGCCGAUUAGUAAAUCCUCUAUUCACAUGGGUCGGAUUCUCUAUUAUUACAAUUGUCUGUAUUAUUAUGAACUCUCUCUGGACGCAUCCGGUUUCGAAGCCUGGUCCAAUGAAUUGUGAUCUUACCAACGAAAUUAAAGGGUGGAUGCAGGCAUUGAUCGUGGCUUACCAUUACCUUGGCGGCUAUGGUGUACUGCCCAUCUACAUUUUGAUGCGUAUAUUCGUAUCAACUUACGUUACUUUAUCCGGCUUCGGUCACUUUCUCUUUUAUUGGAACAAAUUUUCUCCCAAGGUCUUCCUACGAAUGAAUUUUCUCAACAUUUCACUGUGCUUGAGCUUGCGGCAGCCCUAUCUCCUCCACUAUUUUGUUGGUCUCAUCUCAUACUGCUACACAGUGGUGGCAAUCACCAUGACUUUUUGGCUUGCACUCACACAACUUUUCAUUGCGAUAUCGAAGUCUGUGAACGAGAAAUCAAAGAUUCCAGCACCACUUGGUUGGGCGUUACAAUCAGUUGAAGGCGAAUGGCUGGCCCGUUGGUCACUUGAUCGUUAUUCGUCCCAAUUCGGACUCCUUUGUGGAUUCAUAUUUGCUCAGUGUAAGCAGAGGUGGAAAUUCACAAAUGAGAGCUCAACGAAAUCUAAUAGCGACCGCUCUUAUAAAAUGAGAACUGGUCUCUUCUUUGGAACGGGCAUCGGCGUCAUUGCAGUUUAUAUUUGCUACUUUUCUGUUACAACGAAUCACAGCACCUACGUGAAGUGGCAUCCGUAUUUGUGUUUUAUCCCUAUUACUGCCAUCAUAAUUCUACGUAAUAUAACAGCCUUCGGCCGAAAUCAUGCUAGUGUAUUCUUCUCAUGGUUCGGUGCAUUCGCAUUAGAGCUUUUCAUCCUACAAUACCACAUACUCCUCACGAGAAACAUGAGAAAAGUGUUCCUGGUCUUCACGAAGAGUCGGAUCAUCAAUGGACUUAUUAUUACACCUUGUUUCGUCACGGUCUCUUAUUGGACUCACUUGUUGACACAAGACAUUUGUAACAUAAUUCUUCCACCACACGAUUUCUUUCCCAAACCACCUCCAAAUCUUCAAAAAGUUCCAAGCAAUUGA